CUGUCUGUUGUUGCAGGUAACUGCUGGGAUCUGAUCAGGAGUUUUGUCUUAUAUUAUACUUACAAACUCAUACUUUUGUUUAACUGUCAUUAUUCUGGUUCUUUCUACAGUUUCAGGUUCCAUACAAUGGACACGCUGUUUCAUUUGCUAUUUUUCUCAGGAUUCUGUUCAUUUAUUGGGGGCAUCUCACAUGAAUAUGUUCUAAUCCAGGAACAGAAGACUUGGUACCAGGCACAAGCUUACUGCAGAGAGAAUCACAUUGACCUGGCCACUGUUCAAAAUGAUGACGACUGGGCAAAUCUACAAGGCACAGUUUAUAAAAUGGCUAAGAUGGCUUGGAUUGGACUGUAUAAUGACAUUUAUAGCUGGCGGUGGUCUUAUCAGGAUGAGAAAAUAACAUUACAGAAUUGGUUCACUGGAGAACCAAACAACUACGAUGGACAUGAGGCAUGUGGUAUGAUAGACGAUAAAACAUGGAAUGAUUAUGACUGCAGUGGACAAUUUCCAUUUUUUUGCUUCAGUGAGAACAGAACAAACAGGUUUGUUUUCAUUAGCAAUGCCAAAACCUGGAAAGAGGCUCAGAGCUACUGCAGACAUCAUUACACAGAUCUGGCCAUCGUUUGGAGUCAAAGUGAGAAUGACCAAUUAGUUGAGCUGAAGAAACCAUAUUCGUUUGCUUGGAUUGGUCUGUUUAGAGAUGUGUGGAAAUGGUCAGAUGCAACAAAUGUCUCCACUUCCUCCCUUACCUGGCUGACAGCACAACCUGAUGUGAUGCUGCAAAGUCCUUGUGGUGUUUCAGAUCCUGCUGGUAUGAUCCAUUACCAGGUCUGCUCUGAUGUCCUUCCUUUCCUCUGCAUGCAACGUACAAAGAAACAGAUUGUGAGAGUGAAGGUGAAAAGUGCUCAGAAUCUAAAUGACCCUAUACUGAAGAACGUUACCUUACAGUGGAUAAAGCAGAAGCUGAAGGAAUGGGGGCUAGAAAAGGAAACAAGAGUGGCAUGGAGAGUUCAGCCAAAUGGAAAUGUGUUUUCACCUGCUUGAAAACAAAAUACAAGUUAUACAAUUGUAAGUUGAUUUAUCAAUUUAUUGGGAUUUGCAAGAAAUUAUGGACUUUCUUCUCUCUUUAAUUUUAAACACAUGAUAAAACACUCUCCUCGAGUGUACUUAGUUUGAGGGGGCAAUAGAGGUGGUCCUGGCUCACUUUGACUCCAGCUGUGUUCUCUGAAGGAUUGACACUGUUUUAGUACAUAUUAAAAAUGUUAUAAUUCUGUGAACUCUGCAGUACACAUAAAACGUAUAUUGGUGUAUGAUAAUGAUAUAUUAUAAACUCUUUCAUCAAUCUUAAGAUAUGGCUUAAUCACUUUUAUUUUAAUUACUCAAUUUAAGUUUAAUUUCAGUACAGCUUUGAUUUGUUUUUCUUUGAUCUGU